UGUAUUACUAUUAUGAUUAAUUUUGAAUAAAAUAUGAUGUACACAAAGUUUGGUUUAAGAAGACUUAAGAAACUGCAUCAUUAACAUCGUUCCAUGCCAAUUUUGUUUGAAAGCAACCAAGAAAGGGUAAAGUACAAACCGUUCGUGCUUACGGACGAAUGUGAAUCUCAUGCAAUAUUGAUCUGAUAUUGAACGUCACACGUUAUUGGAACUGUUGAGGCGUGACACAUGCAAAAACUAUAGCUAUCAAAGACAUUAAAUAUAGUUUCACUUUAAGUUUUGCAAGUAUUCGAAUCGGAAGCUUGUAACAUUUUGAGCAUACUUGCAAAAAGCUAUUGUAAAGAUGAAUUACUUUAAUUUAUUCGUCCUUGUAAAUAUUUUCCUAACGGCCAAAUUAUUUGUUGUAAUAGGCCAAUUCAACCUGAGUGUUUACAGGCAGAUGCCUUCGCUUUAUCAGUUUGAUGAUUAUGAUCAAUGUCUCCAAUCUGACACUGUCACUUCCAAUAUUAGAGCAACUUAUUGUGUUGUUUAUGCAGAAAUAGUAGAAAACGAGACUUCAAGUUUGUGGGACCAAAUCGCAAGCUUCUCGGCAGACAAAAGACAUCAUUUCAGUCAUGAUCGACUAUUUUUUGGGGUCUGCUUAGAACGCUGCAAAGAACUAUUAGAUACAACGGUAGUAUUUCCUCGAAAUGAAUUAGUAAAAAAUGGAGCCAUUCGCGAUACUGAGUUAAUUAACUAUUAUUUUAAUGUUCAUAAACGAGAAACUGACAAUCGUAUUCAAUAUGACGAGAUGAUUAGUCGUUGUCUUAAUUACGAUUUUCACAACAUAUUUGGAUUAAAUUUGCGUACGAGCAUCGAAUACUGCGAAGAAGCGAAUGUGUACUUGGAACAUGACUCCUUAGAUGUAACUGUUUAUACAAUUCUUGCCAUCAUUGCUUUGGUCUCCAUCAUGUCUACUAUGUAUGACUAUCGUUUAAAGAUGUCGCAAAUUUUAAGUAAACAAAACAACGAAUUUUAUAAAGUUCCACCUCAAUGUUCAGUACACCAACUUUGGGUUUCAUAUUCAAUAUGUCGCAACUUUUAUCAUAUUUGUGAUUCCUCAAAAAGUCGCAGCCAAACAGCAGAAGAUCUACAAUUUUUCGAUGGCCUCCGUGUAAUUGGAAUGUUUUUGGUGUUAUUUGUACAUUCUUUGAUACUUUUCAUGGCUGUACAAGUUGAUAAUCCGCAAUUUUAUGAAAAUUUUUUUUAUCGUCCUGAAACAGCCAUUUUUGAAAAUGGAGCAGCAAUAAUUCAAAUAUUUUUUGUUAUGAGCGGUUUUUUACUUUAUGUAAAUUUCAACGAAAGGAAAUUUGUUACCAGCAAUACCAGUCUUUUAGAUUGCGUUAUUAUAUACUUUAAAAUAUUCUUUCACCGAUAUUUAAGGCUUCUACCAUCUCUAGUAAUGUUGAUUCUUUUCAAUUCUACCGUGCUUGUAAGGCUACAAAAUGGACCAUUCUGGAGGCAUUAUGUGGAAGCCGAACGCAUAUUUUGUCGCGAGUUGUGGUGGCAGAACCUUUUUUUUGUGAAUAAUUAUCUUCUGAAAGAAAGUUGCUCACAUCAGACAUGGUACCUUGGUGCCGAUAUGCAACUUUUUGAAUUAUUUCUUAUAAUAUUAAUCAUUAUAAACAAAUAUCCAAACAUGCGACUAUUUGUAUAUUCGAUUCUUUUAGUAUUAACGUUUUCGGUAACAGGAUUUAUAACUUACUUUUGGAAACUUAAACCAAUAUAUCAUACUAAUCCAGAAAACUACCGUUAUAUGUUUUUUCGAGAUGCAGAAACUUUUUACCUAGCGUAUACACCAUUUUAUACAAAUAUUGGCGGUUAUUUCUUUGGCAUAAUUUCUGCUGAAUUAUAUUUGAAAUUACGAAACCAUUCGAAGCAAUAUCGUGGUUUACUAAAAUAUGAAUUGAGUUGGUGGCUGAUAUUUCCUGUCGGUUUUGGUUUAAUUUUUGUCGCCGCAUUCGUUAUGUCGUUCGAAAUCAAUGAGCCAUCCAUUUGGACAGCUUUAUUUGCAAAUUUUUAUCGGAAUGUGUGGGCUCUAAUAUCCAGCGCGGCAAUACUAGGCAUGUGCUUGAAGUUGGGAUGGAUCGCAUACGAGUUUUGCCGUCUUCCAGUUCUCCGGAUUUUAUCCAAGUUAUCAUAUCAGGCCUUUCUUUGGCACCUGGUCGUUCUACGUUUAAUUGGCGGUUUCUAUAGACAACCAAUUUAUAUAAAUCGAUUUUAUUUGAUUUGCCAGAUUGUAGUUGCGUUCGUAAUAACACAAGCCGUUGCCUUUGUUUUUGCACUAUUUCUUGAAUACCCUGUGGCAGCAAUAAUUAAAUAUUUUUUGCCUUAUUAUAAAGACGAAAGGAAGCAAGGCAAAAGAGAUGUCUAUAAUUUAAACUGAGUUGUUAUUAUAAUAACGAAAAAAUAUUAAUAGAUAUAUAUAAGUAUUUACUAGUGGAUGCGUCAUACACCCUAACCACUGCGCGUUAAACGUUUAACGCAACCUUUUCUGAACUCCCAUUAGAAGUUUCACUUCAAAAAUAAAUGUUGGACAAAAAGUAGUAAUAAAAUUCAAAUUUUCGAACAUAAUCGUGCAAUCGUGUGCAGCUUUCUAAAGUAGAGAAAUUACUUCUAGUGCAUUCGAUUCCGUGGUCGAAUUUGUGAUAUUUAGUCAUCUUUACGCAUAAGACCACGUAUUUUAUGUAGUUGCAGCAUAAUUAGAAUACAACUCUUCAUGUAUACAGAAUGUCAACAAAAAAGAACAACCUUAUUCAUUUCUUGAUUGAAAAAUUUCACUUCGAAACGUCAAAGAGGAAGUUAAAUGAUGUGAAUGUAAACAUUUGUGAGCAUGUAUAGCAUGAUAAUAUAAAAUAUUUGUAAAGUUCACAGUUGCUUGUGUUAUAUACUAUUGGCUGUGAAUGAUUGCGAAUAUAUAUCAAAACGAUAGGCAUGUCUUUUCGUCGUAUGAGACCAAUUAUAAUAAUUUCAACAUCACUAUUGGCAUUUCAUUUGCUCACGUCAAUAGAGACUGUGCGAAAGCAAAACGUCAAAAAAGAAGAAAAGUUAGAUUUUGGAAAAUUGGAAGCAUCGUACUCCCUGGCAGAUAAGAAGCAGUAAAAUAGCGACUGCGAGAACUAUAUUAAAAAUUGAAAACAACAAAAUUUUUCGUAAUUAAAGAUGGCACAGAAGGCUCAGGAAUUAGCAGAAAAAUACCGAAAGUCGGUUGAAGAAGCACUCAACGACCGGAGCAAACCUUGGACACAAGCAUUUGAAAUUGUUGAGACAAAAACAAACGUUCCAAGAUUAUAUUUAUUUUUGGGUGAGUAGGAUAUAGUGACUCGUUUUUCCCUCUUGGUUGACAACACGAUGAUACGUCAUAUUGUCAACGUAGGCAGUAUUAGAAUUUCUAAAAAUAGUACUAUUAUUAUUUAAAUAUAAUAUACUUUUUUGUAUAGAAAGUAUAUAUUAAAACGACGUAUAGAAAUUACAACAUAAAACAUAAAGGGCUUGAUAUCACGAAUUCCAAUUAUUCCAAUCUUGUUCACAUAUCUCUUUUACAUCGAAAACUUGACUUUUACAGGUUAAAACGGAAUUAGUCAUAGUUUACCCAUUUCUCCAUUCUCUUAUUUCUUGUUAAAAGAUUUUUAAUUAUAAGGUAAAAUAUUUAUUUACAUGCAUUUAUAUGUUCGUAUCAGUGACCUUUAUUCAGAUACGUACAUAUGGAAUCGGUAACACGCUACAAUUGGGUGACGUCAGUGAUAAAAAUGUUUAUGGUUACAUUAAAAAUAAAUUAAUUCGUGGCAAAAAAUGCUCUAUUUAGUAAAUUAAGUAUUCAUCAUUACCAAUUUGUUGUUUUCGGUGGUUUUGACACAAUUAAAUCCAGCUUAUUUGUAUAUAUCGAAAUAAAUGCAGAGCUGCAUCAAAGUUUUGCAUUAAGAUUAGGAUAUUCAACAUGUGGAUUUGGGAAUAUUUUAUAAAUUGGCGAAGACGUGAGAAGCAUAUAAAGGCUCUCAGCGAGCCCGUUGUUACAUUUGGAACUGGUUCGUAUAUAAAUAUUGCAUGGUACACGAAAUUGUCUUUUUUAUUUAUAUUGUAUAUAUGUAAAUGUUUAACAAUGAUGAUACAUAAACCUGAUAUCUCUAUUAACUAUAAAUUUCAAUAAUUGAAUAAAUUGGCAAACACGUAGAUCGGAUGGAUAUACUCGUAUAAUCGAAAAAGAUAUUAUUAAUUUAAAUUCUUUGUCAUCUAUCAAUAACAUGAACAAAGCAAUUGGCUAGGUAACGUGAAUAUUACCUUUGUUCUCUCUCUUUACAAAAGCGUAUUCAAUUCAUUAACUCAUUAGCACACUACACUUUACUGACAAGCGGCUGUUAAGGUACAUUUAAUUUAUGCAUUUACGUGGCAAAGCAGACAAGAUAUUUUAAUUAGCGGUGAAAUAGUACAACUGAUCGUUUAUAUUGUAGCUCAUUGAACUUUCAUCUUCACGGAUGAAAUUCUACAGAAAAAAUUUAGUACAAAGACUAGACGUGUUCUGAAUUCUGUGCCAAUAUAAUAUUGUCGCAAUUCUCAAAAAUCCCUUGAUCAAAUUAAUUUGUCGCUAUCCGUCAGCAAACACUGAGGAAAAUGUUCGAGCCGUUACAAGAAAAACUCUUGCAAAUAUAUCGCGGGCAUACAACUAUGACAAUUGGUUAAUAAAAGCAAAAAUUAGGUUUAUUUUAUUUACAUAUGCUUGAAGAUACAGAGUGAGAGAGUGUUAGUUACUAAUGUUCAUUAUACAAAAAUAUUUCAGGCGCUGCUGCAUUUUGUGCCUUGUACUUGAUUUUUGGUUAUGGUGCUCAAUUGCUGUGCAAUACAAUUGGCGUUGCCUAUCCUGCUUAUAUCUCCAUACAUGCCAUAGAGUCGAGUACAAAAUUGGACGAUACUAGAUGGUUAAUUUACUGGGUGACUUAUGCCAUAUUGUCAUUAAUUGAAUACUUCUCCGGUUUUCUUACAUCUGUAAUACCAUUUUACUGGUUGCUUAAGUGCGCAUUCUUAAUUUGGUGUAUGCUGCCUAUCGAAAGGAAUGGUUCUUUCGUCAUCUAUCACAGCGUCGUACGUCCAUAUUUUCUGAAGCACCACCGAGCUGCUGAUGAAUUUAUUGAUAAAGUGGCUACAAAAGCAAAGGACUCUAUUCAUAGUAUCACCAAACAAGAUUAAAUUGUUGUAGGCAAUUUGCAGCAUUAGUUUUUACUUGAGGUUAUUGCUUGCAUAUCCUAAAAAAAGUAAACACAAGUAAGAAUGGAAAGUGAACGAGAGCUUGAAGAGGGACACAACAGAAAAACGUAUGAAAUAGAGACAGAAACCACAAAGAACAAAGACCUGUAAAAUAUAUUUCCGAUGGCAACAUUUCUCUUAUGGCAUGGCGGAGUUUCUGAGCCCAUAUCUUUUAAUUAUAUUAAAUCAUCAAUAAAAUGUUUAGUAUAUAAUUUUUAGACGAUCACGAUUACAAGAGCUACGUAUACACCGAAAAACCCAUGUAUAUCGUGUAUUUUAAGUCAAAUAUCUUACUGUCUAAAAAAUACGUACGCAAUUAAAGAAGUGUGCGCACUGCUAUUUUGCACCUAAGCUGCAGAUUAUCACCACUAUUCGUUGCUUCUAAAAUUUUAUUGUAUUUGAAUUAAAAUUUUGAUUGUAAGAAAUUAAAUUAAACAGAGUAAAUAUUUGGUGGCUUUUUGCUUGAAAAAUAAUAUAAAACUGUUUUGUGUUUAGGGUAAAUAGAUGUAUAGUUUUAAUAAAACACAUGUUUGGAGAACA